AUGAGCAAGAGACCAGCAGAACUACCCGAGAGCGAGACGGACCCGCGCAAGAACGGCGAGCGUCCCAGUAACAUCCAGAAUGACGGCGACGCGAGCGACUUCGAGGACGAAUACGAAGACGAGUAUGAGAGCGAGGACGAGAUAUUUGAGGCCGGUGUAGACGGCCGGCCAGACGAAGAAAGAGAAGCAGAAGAGCGCGAGGAUGCGAUGGAUGUGGACCAAGACACCUUCAUAGUUGGGCGGAAUCGACUCGCUGCAGGCGAGACACUUGCGCCGGACCUCUCCACAUAUCAAAUGCUACAUACGCUAGAGUCGCCAUGGCCGUGCCUCUCCUUUGACAUUGUUCGCGACAAUUUAGGCGACAACCGCAAGUCAUACCCAGCGACCGUCUACGCCGUAGCCGGCACGCAAGCGGCGCGAGGGCACGAGAAGGAGAAUCAGCUUAUGGUCAUGAAGCUCUCAAGCCUCUCACGCAUGGAGAGAGAACACGAGGAGGACUCAGACGAAGAAUCCGAUGACGAAAGCGCAGAUCCAAUCCUCGAGACAAAGUCCAUACCCCUAACAUCCACCACCAACCGCAUACGCGCCUUUCAAUCGCCCCAAGCCACCUCCGCUAGGCCGCCCACCACUCUAACAGCAUCCAUGAUGGAGAGCGGCCAGGUCCUCAUCCACGACGUAACACCCCACCUCACCUCCUUCGACACGCCCGGCACAACCAUCACCCCGCAGCAAAACAAGCCCCUCUACACCAUCGGCGCACACAAGCGCUCAGAAGGCUACGCAGUCGACUGGUCCCCCCACGUCCCCGAAGGCCGCAUCGCAACCGGCGAUGCCGACGGUCGCAUCUUCAUUACCACCCGCGCGCCCAAUGGCUCGUUUAGCACAGACUCUGCGCCGUUUACGGGGCAUACCGGCACUGUUGAGGAGAUCCAGUGGUCGCCUAGCGACAAGACGACCUUCGCUUCCGGCGGCAACGACGGGUACGUCAGGGUGUGGGACACGCGGUCGAAGUCGCAUAAGCCGGCGUUGUCGGUUCCUGUGACCAGUACGGAUGUUAAUGUGCUCUCCUGGUCGCGACAGACGUCGCAUCUGCUCGCCUCCGGCCACGAGGACGGCGAGUGGGCGGUCUGGGACCUGCGGCAGUGGCGGACGGCCGCACAGGCACAGAAAGGAGCCAACACGAUCAGCAGGCCGGAGCCUGUGGCCUCGUUCACCUUCCACAAGGAGCAGAUUACCAGCUUGGAGUGGCAUCCCACGGAAGAUAGUAUUGUGCUGGUAGGCGCGGGGGAUAAUACGCUGACGUUGUGGGAUCUAGCGGUUGAGCUGGACGAUGAGGAGAGUAGGGAUACGGCGGGCGUGAAGGAUGUGCCGCCCCAGCUGCUGUUUGUGCAUUAUAUGGAGAUGGUCAAGGAGGGGCAUUGGCAUCCGCAGAUUCCGGGGACGGUCAUGGCGACGGGGGGGAGCGGGUUUGGUGUGUUCAAAACGAUCAGUGUUUGA